GUCGUACUUGUACCCGGUGACCUAACCAAACACAUCAACGAUUUAAUACUCUAUUUCUUUCAAUUCAUGCUUCUUCAAUCUUCACCCUUCUUUCCUCUGCAUUUAAAGCCAAAUUCUUGAUAGCUCUACCUCUUCGUGAGUGCCCUCAUAUCUCACCCACUUUCUAUUCAUCUGCGUUUGAAAGAAAAUUACUACUGGGUUUGGAUUUUGAAGAAUCUGUGUCUUUUUUAAGGGAAAUAUGAAGGUGUGCCCUGUCUUCAAGUUCAUUUAGCAGUUUUGGCAGUUUAAUGUCUUUCCGCAGUAUAGCUCGGGAUUUGAGGGAGAGUUUUGGCAGCCUAUCGCGGCGGAGUUUUGACGUGAGGUUGCCAGGACACUAUAGGGGGAAAUCACAUGGUUCGUUCAAUGACUUGAGUGACCAGCCUUUGGUUAUUCAGAACAGUAGGUGGGCUAAUCUGCCGCCUGAGCUCCUCUAUGAUGUAAUUAGAAGGUUGGAGGAGAGCGAGAGCACAUGGCCCACCCGGAAACAUGUAGUUGCGUGUGCAGCUGUUUGCCGGUCUUGGAGGAGCAUGUGCAAGGAAAUAGUUAAAAAUCCGGAAUUUUGCGGAAAACUUACUUUUCCUGUUUCUCUUAAGCAGCCAGGGUCUCGUGAUGGGACUAUUCAGUGCUUCAUCAAGCGAGACAAAUCUAAUUUAACCUACCAUCUGUUUUUGUGUCUCAGUCCUGCUCUGCUAGUUGAAAAUGGGAAGUUUCUUCUCUCAGCUAAAAGAACUCGGAGAACAACUUGUACAGAAUAUGUUAUCUCUAUGGAUGCAGAUAACAUCUCCAGAUCAAGUAGCACAUACAUUGGCAAACUAAGAUCAAAUUUUCUCGGUACGAGGUUUUUGAUAUACGACACACAACCUUGUUCCAACGUCCCACCACCAGGGAGGUCUAGCCGCCGGUUCUACUCCAAGAAAGUAUCUCCGAAAGUGCCGACAGGGAGUUACAACAUAGCUCAAAUCACCUACGAGCUGAAUGUGCUUGGGACACGCGGUCCACGGAAGAUGAACUGCAUUAUGCACUCAAUCCCCGCCGCGUCUCUCGAACCUGGUGGCGUGGUACCCGGCCAUCCGGAGCUUCUGGCAAGAUCCCUAGAGGACUCGUUCAGGAGCAUCUCGUUCUCACAGUCUCUAGACCACUCCACCGAAUUCAGCAGCACGAGAUUCUCCGAGAUGGCCCGCUUGUCGAAUGAGAAUGAUAAUAGCAAAACGCGGCCGUUGGUUCUGAAGAAUAAGGCUCCCCGGUGGCACGAGCAGUUGCAGUGCUGGUGCCUCAACUUUCGGGGAAGGGUGACAGUUGCAUCCGUGAAGAAUUUCCAGCUGAUUGCCUCGACAGAAGCAGUCGCUGCUAGCGCCGCCCCGACGACUUCCCAGCCGGUGGCCUCGGACCAGGACAAGAUCAUUCUGCAGUUCGGUAAAGUUGGGAAGGAUAUGUUCACCAUGGAUUAUAGGUAUCCAUUGUCUGCAUUUCAGGCAUUUGCAAUCUGCCUGAGCAGCUUUGACACAAAACUGGCUUGUGAAUAGACGAAAUUGCCCCUGGCUUGAUUCCAUGCACGUGUGAGAAUUGAGAUGGUGUUUGUAGCUCUGCCUUUGUUUGUGGAUAUUGAUUUUCUCCAUCUUUAUAUAGGGAGGAUGAUGAUAUGAUGAUUGUUAGUUUGUAUUUUAUUUUAUUUGCUAGAAAUAAGACUUGUUGUUUCAAGACUUUAUUCUAAUAUUAAUCGAGUAUAAUUACCUUUGUGGUUGUA